GUAAACCCAGAUUUUGUUUCUAGUUAAACUUCUGAGUGAUCAUUACUUAUACUGUUAUGUUUUGUAAAAACCUGCUAUCAUUACUAAACAACAUUAGUUAAUUGUACUUUUUAGCUGAAAUAGUAAGUGCCACUAAUCCGGUUUAGUAGAAUUAACUUGGUGUGUUUAGUUUUAUAACAAAGGGGAGGGGCCUAAUUCAAAACUUCACUGGGCGCCCCACAAGGCCUCUGCAACGGAUUCAACGCGGACUCUGCGGGAGGGAAGAAAGCAGACUGUUGCCGACAUUUUCUCAGCAGCAUUGAACGCCUUGAACGAUCCUUGUGUUGUGAAGAUGCUGUGGAAGUAUAACCUGGCUGCUCAUUCUCUGGCAGGAUUCUUCGAAAGCUUUACGGUGGACAGAUUCUGCAGGUUCUGCAUGGCAACAAGGGACGAGAUGCAAGCCAAAGAGAUGACUGCAAACCAGAAAAUGACCAUGAGAGUCAUUCUAACAGAGGCAGAUAUAAGGAAAGUCAUCCUACAUUCAAGGCCUUCUACAGUAAAAGACUUGAUAACCAAGCUUCGAGAGUCACUGGGACUUCAAUACAACUUCAGUCUCCAAUUCCAAGACCCUGAAUUCAAUAAUGAACUAUGUAAUCUAACAGAUCUUCAAGAACUUCCAGAAAAACCAACCAUUAAAGUCCUGCCUGUCUUUGACCUGGUGCCUGUCUCAUCUGAUGACGUCUUUAGCGACACAAGUACUGCAGAUACAGAGAUACUCUCACAUUCACCUCAGGAUCGACGUGAACCAUGGCCAGAAUUUUUUGACAUUCCAACAUUUUCUGUUGAUGUGGAGUAUAGACUGAGGCAAGCAGAUUUGCUGUUUAUGAGUGAAGGAACACACCUUAAGGUCUCAAAAGAGCUGAAACAUGAGAUACUAGAGAGACUGGCAGAAAGCAUGUAUAGCUACACAGCAUACCCAACUGCUGCUCAGUUUGAAAGUGUUGCAACAGCACUGAUAAACAAACACCCCUGUCUCCAGGAGCGAGGCUCUGUCACUCGCUGUUGUGGUUGGAAAAUAGUCUAA